AGUCCGAGUUAGACAGAGCAGCCAGCAGCCAUGUCCCGACCCAGUGUGUUUGGUGCGCGGAGAGAGGAGAGGAUCAACAUACUGCAUAGGGGACUGGAUUGGAGAUUGAGGAGUUUAGAACGAAAAUACGGAUCGUGUGCACACCUGAUCCCCGACACGCUGCUGUUGGCAACCGACAUAGUAAAAAACCACUCUGCAGGGUGGCAGGGGUACUGUACUACGGCUGAGGUGAGAAGCGCUGUCCCCUGGCUGGUGAUUGAACCACUCAUGGCGGCCCUGCAGAAUGUCAAUGACGCCGCUGCCGCCCGCUGUCGGCACUGCCAGCCCGACCAGCCUCUCAGGGCCACCUUCAUCAAUCAGUCGGGCAGCAGUGCCGAGGGGCUGGAUGACGGGGUCGUCGGCAGAGGAGGGACAUCGGACUUCGAUCAUAUGUUCGAGUUCGACGGACCCUUCCGCUGGGCGGCGCUCGGCAGGAGAGAUGAGCCGGCCGUUAUUAGCUCAGAGUCUGCACCACAGCUGUGGGCCCGGCCUACCAAAAACCCUGGCUUUGUGACUCUGCACUGGGUGAGGACGACCGACUGCUGUCAUGAUAAGGCUUUAGAGGCACUGCCGGCUGAUUCUGUUCGUACUCUCAUGCGGGACGUGCGUACAGUAAUGGGAGGCAAGAUCGACACUGCCGGACCGGCGGUCAACGUCAAACAUACAGGUGAUGUUACAGACGGCGGCCGUGACUUCGUACCUUGUAUCCUUGUGCGCGGGUGGUGGCCAGCAAAAGGCCAGCUCGACGGAUGUCACCUGGAGGCCGACUUUCCACCAGCGGCGGCGAGGGAUGACAUCCGUCGAUACGGGGUACAUCUGGUACCGACCGGCCGGCCUGGCAGUGACACCGAGUUUAUUGAGUAUCGGAUUUCCUACUCACGGGCGGAGGUAGUCGCUGUCCGCCACCUCGCUCCAGUGAUACGAGCGGCUAUCGUGGCUGUAAAAGCAAUGAAAAAUAUAAUAAAAAAGAACGAGAUGGUGAGCGAGGACGUGCCAUUGAAGUCAUACUAUAUAAAGACGGCGGGACUUUGGCUAGCCCAAAUCACGCCCGUUGAUAUGUGGACGGGCGUAACUGACGGUGUUCACAAAAUACUGGACUGGCUGGAAACAAACCUCGCCGCUGGAAGACUGCCUUGCUUUUUCAAUCACACUAUCGAUGUGGCCGCUACACUCAGCACAGACCAGCGACUGGCUAUCAUCGAAACACUAAGGCUGAUGAGGGAGCAUGCUACGGUCCUUCUGAUGGCGGGAUGUGUGGAUCGGUGGAUUGUGGAUCAGCUGCUGGAGGGCGGUACGGGGCCGCCCUCAGAGCGAGAGCUGCGGCUCCGUCUCGGACGGACGCUGGUACUGCAGGCUAUAUUUGACAGUGUCGGUUACCGUCCCGAAGCACCGUGCUGGGAGAGCUGGUGGAAGCAGGCCAUUCCUCCGCUGGUCCGCACAGCUCCACUGCUACUACAGUUGUGGCACUACAGUCAAUCAGGACCACACCGGCAGCAGUGCUACCUGUUCAUGGCGUGGACUGUGGUCGACCCGGCAGACUUGGUGCCAGGAGAGCCGAUGACGUCACCGGCCAGCGACAUCGUCACGCUGGACGUGACGCCACUGACAAAUCUCCUCACCAGGUCUGACCUAGUUUACCUGCUGGGUGACCCGGACAGGGUGGCCACCUGGUGUAGUCAACAGCUGCGGCAGCCGCUGGAGGAGCGGCCGGCCGGACUGACCGCCGAGCUGGACACACCGCGGGGCCGUGCCGAGCUGCUGCUGCGUCCCGAGCUGCUGCUGCAGGCUGUCCGCGUGAACGCGCCGGGUAAGAUGGACCAGUGGCGCUAUGCGGACCAGGCAGCGAAGAACAUGUGGAUGAGUAACUACCGACCAAUGGCUACCUAUCAGGAGAUCCAGGAGAUAUUGGAGUGGCAAAAAAACACCAACCUGCAUGAGCUGGUCCAGCGCCGACUGCCAGAGAUGGACGCCGCGACUGUGGACGCCACGGCCGGCUUCUGGCGCCGCCGGGGGCAGCAGCUGCUGUCCGGUGACCGGCUGCGUACUGCUUAUGACGCUGUCACUGGCUGGUGGCCGGACCGAUGGGAGAUGAUGCCCUACUACCUGGCGGUGGACGAGACCGACUCGGAAGACUCGGAGCAGGAUGACGACGGUGGAGAGACCGGUGGCGAGGAGCGGCGUGACGCAGACGAGGGGCAGACAUCGGAGGGUCUGCCUCGCCCUCAGCGAGAGAAAUGGCAGCAGCUGGAGCGACAGCACCAGCAGCUGUGGCAAGAGCUCGAGCCGCGGGGCUACGGGGAGAGGAGGAGUCUGAACGAGCGGCAUGAUGAGGAGUACCGGCGUCUGGAGCGGCAUCAUGAUGAGAUGUGGUGGCAAAUGAAAACGCGGCACCAUGGGGAGCAAAAAAGGCUUCAUCAGCUACACGACAGUGCUGUCAGAUGCGUGGAGCUGCAGACUCAGGGACAGUCGCAGCUCCUUGUAGAGAAACGUCAAAGGCAGACUGGGUUGCUGAAUCGGAGGAAACGUAGGCAAUGUGCAGUGCUGGAGCGAAAGCACCAAAUCGAAUGGGACGACCAGCAGCAGGAGUUCCAGAAGCAGUGGAACAAAAUGAAGCAGAGACACCGACGAGAAACACAAGAGCUGGAGGAGAGAUUCCCGAACAUCCGGACAAGGGAGGAGUUGGAUCGGCUGAUGGAGGAAUGCAGCAGGAGGCGUCAGCAGCUGGGAAAGGAACUGGAGAAGGAGCUAGAGAAUGAAGAGACACUUGCACGAGACGACUUCUUUUAUUUAAAGAAGCAGGAGAAGCAGCAGCAGCAGCCCGAACAGCAUCAGCAGCAGGAGGAACAGCAGCAAAAGCAUCAGCAUCAACAACAACAGCGGCAGAAGCAGAAGCAACAACAACAACAACAGCAACAGCAGCAGCAGGAACAGCACCAGCAGCAGCAACAGCAACAACAAGAACGGGGACGGCAGCCAGGCCGGCACCUUGAGCACCUUCGGAAUCUCAUAGAGGCGACACGAAGACACCGCCAGCAGCUCAUCCAGCUCCAGGAGCGGCACAACCAGGAGCUGGAGGAGCAGAGGAGACGUCACCGGCAGGAGAGGAAGGAUCUGGAGCGGCGCCUCGGCUGUCGGCGGAACAAGCAGGAGCGGCGCCACAGACAGUGACCGACGAUAUCAGCGGAGUCGCGAACCACCCCGAGGAGGCGCCACUAGGGAGAACAAGUAGAGGAACAGAUAUAUGCAUACAGUGUCAGACAAGUUCAAAAUGUGUCGACUGGGCAGAUAUUUGAAAAGAAAUGAAAACAUUCACAAGUAUUGUAUGUAUAUCAUUACCGUUUCAUUGAGGCCGUGAAUUUAGAAAUAGAUAGGUUUUAGACAAAUAGAUAGUUUUAGAUGAGAGUUGCCCGAGUUGGUAUCAAAUUAUGUACAAAAUGGGAAUGUUUAAAAUGUUCAUCGCGUGUAGAUAGUUGUAUACGUAUUCGAUGUGUUACAGGGUGGCCUUUGUUGUUAUACAAGUACAAACUGUUGUUCGAUGAUGUUUAUUGAAAUGGGCUUAGUGAGCAAUUACUGUUGUUAAUUGUUAAUAGGCAUCAUGCUUUUUAUUAUACAUGUCUUGUGUAAUGUGUUUUCUCGUAAAAGCUAUUAUACAUUAGGAGGCAUGUACGGAACGGUACAUAUGUACAUACACAUCUGUACCGAACCAUUACAUGGUAACCAUUGCGUGUGGUGGCCACUGGAUGUAGUGUAAAUAUAAUAUUAGCCAGGC